CCUCUUUCUCUUCUCCGAGAGGAGAGCAGGGUUAGGGCAAAGCCGGAGAACGCCAUUCCCUGAAGAAGAAUGCUGAAGCCCUGACCCUUUCUCUCUCUAAAAUUCUCCUCGUUUGCGUUAUCGUCCCCCCCCUCUCCCUCCCCCCCCCCCCCCCCCUCUCUCUCUCUCUCAAUUAUUGCGUUUUCCAAUCAACUCCACUGCAAAGAAACCCAGGUUGGUUUGUGCAGCAAUUGGGGAGGAUGAGUGGACAGGUCCCUCCUCCAGCUCCCAGGCGGAACAGUUUGGUUCAGAAGCGCCAUCCGUCGAGUGUGAAGAAAUCGUCGUCUCAAUCCGAAAACGGAACCGCCAAUGGCGCGGCCAAGCCCUCGUCCCCGAACCAACCUGGCGAGAGGACGGUGAAGAAGCUGAGGCUAUCGAAGGCCCUUACUAUUCCGGAGGGGACCACUGUUUCCGACGCCUGCCGGAGGAUGGCGGCCCGCCGAGUUGAUGCCGUGCUGUUGACUGAUGCAAAUGCUUUGCUGUCUGGGAUUGUCACUGACAAGGACAUCGCCACAAGAGUAAUAGCAGAGGAAUUGAGGCCUGAGCAGACCAUAAUUUCGAAGGUUAUGACAAGGAACCCCAUUUUUGUUACCUCGGACUCGUUGGCAAUUGAGGCUCUUCAAAAGAUGGUCCAAGGAAAAUUUAGGCAUCUACCUGUUGUAGAAAAUGGUGAAGUUAUUGCAUUAUUGGAUAUCACGAAGUGCCUUUAUGAUGCUAUUUCCAGGAUGGAGAAGGCUGCAGAGCAGGGCAGUGCCAUUGCUGCUGCAGUUGAAGGAGUUGAGCGACAGUGGGGAAGCAAUUUUCCUGCUCCAUCUGCUUUCAUAGAAACACUUAGGGACCGGAUGUUCAAGCCUUCUUUGUCAACCAUUAUUGGUGAAAAUGCCAAAGUUGCUACAGUUUUGCCGUCUGACCCAGUGCAUGUUGCUGCCAAAACGAUGCGGGACUUGCGGGUUAACUCUGUUGUUAUUGCCACAGGGAAUAAGAUUCAGGGGAUACUAACUUCAAGGGAUAUCCUUAUGCGAGUUGUGGCCCAAAAUCUUUCUCCUGAGUUGACUCUGGUGGAAAAGAUAAUGACUCCAAAUCCCGAAUGUGCAACCUUAGAGACUACAAUUCUCCAAGCUCUGCAUAUCAUGCAUGAUGGCAAGUUCUUACAUCUUCCUGUUCUGGAUAAAGAUGGAUAUGUCACUGCUUGUGUAGAUGUUCUCCAGUUAACUCAUGCAGCAAUCUCGCUGGUUGAGAGUGGCUCCGGAGCUGUAAAUGAUGUGGCUAAUACAAUGAUGCAAAAAUUCUGGGAUUCAGCGCUAGCUUUGGAGCCUCCUGAUGAUUCUGACAACCAGAGUGAGAUGUCUAUGUCUGCAUUCAACACUACUGAGGGGACUGAGCAUGGGAAAUUUACAUAUCCAUCUCUUGGCCUUGGAAAUAUGUUUUCCUUUAAAUUUGAGGAUAGCAAGGGUCGUGUGCAUCGAUUAAAUUUUGGCACUGAGAACCUAAGUGAGCUUGUUUCUGCUGUUAUGCAAAGGAUAGGUGCUACUAGUGAUCGCGACUGCCCACAUCUUUUGUAUGAAGAUGAUGAAGGUGAUAAGGUUCUCCUUACCACGGAUGAUGAUCUUGUUGGUGCUGUUAGCCAUGCAAGAUCAAUAGGGUUGAAGGUUUUGAGACUGCAUUUGGAUUUUUCUGAUUCAAGUCAAGAAAAGAUGAUAGCAGAAACUACUACUACAAUGACUGCACAGAAAACUGGGUGGCUGAGGUCCGGGAUUUUGGCCGGUGCUGUUGCUCUGACGGGCAUUAGUGUAGUGCUGUACUUAAAACGCUCCGAGCUCUAAUUUUGUGUUAUGAUGUUGAAAGAAAAUAUACAAGCUGCAAAGUUGGUGGUUCUAUUUGCACUGAUAUCUCGCUGGAGGCUUAACAAGUGAAGAUGGCAGUUUCCGGCACAUGAUAGCAGCAUUAGGGAAUGGUGAGUACGUACGGGUCGGACGAUAAUGUGCGAAUACGAUAGAUAGUUGGGGGAAGAGACACUGUUUUGUCUAUGUUACUGAUGCUACAAUUGCUCAUUGUGCAUGUGCAUGUGCAUGGGGAGAGAGCCGGAGAAGAAGAAAGCAUUACAAGAGCUGGAGUGUAUUUUUUGAGUCCAGCUUAGGUUUAGGGCUUGCGAUAAUCUGUGGCAGUGUCCUAACUAACGUUCAACGCACAAUAGUUGAAGUUGAAGCUUAUUAUGAUAAGAAAUGACCAUGAAUGUCUAUAUUUGUGUUU